AUGGCCAACCAGUCACUACUGCGCAUUGCCAAGGAGAUCAAAGGUCUACAAUCAAGCAAUGAUCUAUCCAUAAUUGUCGCACACCAGGACGAAGAUAUCCGAAACCUCAAAGCUCUGAUCCUUGGAACACCGGGCUCGCCCUACGAAUAUGGCUUCUUCGAGUUCUCCGUGAAGUUCGGACCCGACUAUCCCUCCAAACCACCCAAGGUCGAUGCAAAGACAACCAACAAUGGUAGGACGAGAUUCAAUCCAAACAUUUAUGCUGGCGGGAAGGUUUGUCUCUCCAUCCUCGGUACAUGGCAGGGCGAACUCCCUGGCGAAGAGUGGUCCUCAGCACAAGGUCUUGAGUCAGUCUUGUGGUCCAUUCAAAGCCUGAUGUCUAACGACCCCUACGCGAAUGAGCCCGGUUUCGAAGGACGCACGACUGAUGAAGAUAAGAAAAAGAACGAUGCCUACUGUGCUAAAAUCAGACAUGAGACUAUUCGCAUCGCCGUGCUUCAAAAGCUGGAACACAUGUUCGGUAUACAGUCUGAUGGCUCCUUAGCAAAGCCGGCAGAUCUCGAGAAAUGGCACUCGGACACUAGUGAUUCUGAGGAGGACGAAGGCGAAGACGGCAAACCGAAGAUCAAGUGGGAACCCUUCAAUGACUGGCAAAAGCGUCGCUUCCUAUGGUAUUAUGAGACCUAUUUGAACACUAUCGAGGCCGAAGCGCCAAAAUACAAAGAAGGCGACAAUUUCGAGGUCAUGCCAUUCGAAGGUGGUAGCAAUACUAUGAGUGGCACCUUUCAAUACGUUCAGUUAGGCAAGAGACUGCUUCGUGUCAAAGAGGUCAUUCAGCAAGAGACCGCCAACUGGGCCAAGGAUGGCUUAAUUGUCAAACAACGAGAUUCCAGCAAGGCGUACGCCAUGCAGGGCCAGUUCAAUGUCGUGAAGCACAAUCAGACCAAUGGUGGAAUCCCAAAUAUCGAUCUUGAACUUGAGAAUGAUAAUCCCUUUGUCUGGAUAAUGACCUAUUUCGGAAGGCCGGAGUCGAAUCUGGACGGUGGUGUUUUCAAGAUUAGGGUCUCAAUCAGCGUCAGGUUUCCUGAGGAACAACCCCGAGUUCAGGUGGUAACGCCAAUGUAUCAUCAUCGUGUCUCGAAAGACGGUAUCCUCUGCUACCAAGCCAACAAGCCUGACGAGAUGAAGAACCAUAUUCAGAUGAUUGUUCAUGCGAUUGAAGAGGAGUGCCCUCCGUACGACCCACGUACAAUUGUCAAUCCAGAGGUCGCGAAACUAUUCUUCGGUUCUGCUGAUGAUAAGAAAAAGUACAACAGAUCACAACGACGUUCCGCUCAAGAUAGCUUGGACUUUGCUGAGUGA